AUGGAGCCCGUCGACCAGAAGGAGAUUGACAAGGAUGGCCAGUCGAACCACAUCGAGGCCUCAGCAGAGCAGGGCCAGGAGAUCUUCUGGACCGAAGAGGAGGAGAAGAAGCUCGUCCGGAAGAUUGACUUUUACCUUUUGCCGAAUAUCUGGAUCAUGUAUCUGCUGUCCUACAUGGACCGGACGAACAUUGGUAAUGCCAAAAUCGCAGGCAUGGGCGAUGACCUCGGUCUCACCUCAAACCAGUACAGUGUUGCUCUUGUUGUGUUCUUUGUCGGCUACGUCGUCUUCGAACCCCCAUCAAACAUGAUCCUCAUCCGCACGCGCCCCUCGCUCUACCUGCCCGCAAUCAUGACAGUCUGGGGCGUACUCACGUGCAUCAUGUCUGAGAUCAAACACUACAAGCACCUUAUCGUGCUCCGCAUCUUCGUCGGAAUCAUGGAAGCCGGUUUCGCGCCGGGUAUCCUCCUCAUCAUCUCCUCCUGGUACAAGCGCAAGGAGCAGUCCAAGCGCUUCGCCGUCUUCAUGUCCGCUGCAAUUCUUUCUGGCGCCUUUGGUGGUCUCAUCGCGGGAGCUAUUACGGGUGGGCUCGAGGGUGCCCAUGGGAUUCGUGGAUGGCGGUGGUUGUUUAUCGUUGAGGGUGCUGCGACUGCCGGGUGGGCGAUUAUCUCCAAGUUUCUGCUGCUGGAUUUCCCGGCAACCUCUAAGAAGUUGACGGAGAGGGAGAGGGCAAUUGCUGUUGCGAGGUUGAAGGAGAAUUACGGGCCUGCGAGGAGUGCGGAUGAGAAGAUUGGCAAGGGGCAGUCGUUUAUGCUGGCGCUGAGGGAUUGGCGUACUUGGGGGUUUACUCUUGGAUAUAUGGUCAUUGUCGGCUCCUCGACGCUCUCCUACUUCUACCCAACUCUCGUUGCUGGCCUCGGAUACACCGACACCGUGCAGGCCCAGUACAUGACCGUCCCAAUCUACGGUGUCGCCUUCGUCUGCACCGUCGCAACCUCCCUCUUCGCCGACAAAUUCUCCAACAUGCGCGGGCCCAUCAUAGCCGCCUGGCUCGCCUUCUCCAUGAUAACAUCCAUCAUCGUCUGCGCCGUGUACAACUUCACAGCACGCUACGUCCUCCUCGUCCUCAUGGCGGCAGGCCUCUGGGCGUCAAACUCCACCUCGCUCUCCUUUGCCUCGUCGACAUUCGGCGAUAUGGAUCCCGAGGUGAGGGCUGUAGCACUCGCGCUUAUGAACGCACUGGGGAAUCUCGCGCAGAUAUAUGGCGCUUACCUGUUUCCCGAUGACGAUAAGCCAAAGUAUCUCAUGGGAUUCGGGGUGAUUUCGGGGAUGUUGGGGGUUGGUGUUGUUACGUAUGUGGUCAUGUAUGUGCUUGUUAAGAGGAGGGAGAGGGGGAUGGCGGCUUAA